GACAAAACGUUGUAGUAAAGUGGUGAAGCUGCUUCUACGGAAAUCCAAAGACCUGAUUCAGAGAGACCAGCAACACACGGGGGAGUUGAAAAUGGCGUACCUGCUUAUGUUUGUGACCCUGCUGCAUCUUAUCACACUGGCAAUUCUGUUCAUUGCAACUAUGGAGAAGUCCUGGUGGGUGUGGGAUGGCAUGGAGAACUCCGACCUAUGGUACAACUGUAGGUUUGACAACUUCACAGGAACCUGGUUGUGUGCAUCCUCCAAAGAAACUGAGUGGCUUCAGGCGGUGCAGGUCCUGAUGGUUCUCUCACUGGUCUUCUCCUCUGUCUCCUUCUUGGUGUUCCUGGGUCAGCUGUUCACUAUGUCUAAGGGUGGACUCUUCUACUUCACUGGGCUGUGUCAAGUCUUUGCAGGGCUGACCGCGUUUUCUGCAGCUCUCAUUUACACGUUACAUAACAAGGAAAUCCUUCAGGAUUCCAGAGAACUGACAUCAGGACACUUUGGCUACUGCUUCAUCCUGGCCUGGGUGUGUGUCCCCUCGUUGCUGUGUAGCGGGGUCAUAUACAUCCACUUGCGCAAGAAAGAGUGACCAGAGAAGGGAAAACAACAAUUUUUCUGUUUUGUUUUGUUUUUUUAUGGCCCAUAUAAAUAAAUUGACGACUUGUUAAUCAGAAAUGCUAUUUUUGCAGUAGUCAUGAAUCCCUAUGUCAUGAUUAUUGCUCAAGCUAUGGUUAAUUUGGUAAUGAUUGUAUGGCCUACAUGUAUAUUGGUUUUCUUUUUAGCAAACAUUGAAUCCUUAAUAUCAAUCCAAUAUAUAAUGCUCCCCUUCUUUUUUUAAGACAUGUAUACUAUAAGAGGUUUUGUUGUCCGCUGUUGGCCAGGGAAAGUAAUACCAAAGUUAUGUAAUAUAUAUUGGUGUUGUAGGUCUUAUUAGACAUUUCAAUUACUUUUAAUUUCCCCUAGCCUAUAGAACAAGCUGAAAAUGUGUAUAUUUUUGUACCUAAAGCUGAUAUUAGAAUAUAUUCAGUAGCUGCUUUAAAUAAAUAUCCCACAAAGAAACAGAAUGUGUGCAUGUCGAUUGUUGUUAUAUGCAUUUGUUUUCAUCUUGAUAAUACAUUAAAUAAAUGCACAUUUGAU